GUGCACACGGGGGAGCGGCCCUACACCUGCGGCACCUGCGGCAAGAGCUUCACCCACUCCUCCAACCUGCACCUGCACCGCCGCACCCACUCGGCCGCACGGCCCUUCCGCUGCCCCGCCUGCCCCAAGGCCUUCGUGGUGGCCGCCUACCUGCAGCGCCACCUGCGCACCCACCGUGCGCCUGAGCCGCACCCCCCGGCCUGUCUGCUGCUGCGGGGGGGGCCGCCCCUCCCGCCCGCCACCCCCCGCAAGGUACUACUGCUACCUGGCCCCACCAAGCCUGCCCAGGUGGCGCAGGUGGGGAAGGGGCCGCACGCCUGGCAGGGCGUCCUGGUGGUGCCCCCUGGGGCGGGACAGGAGGGGGCGGGGACGAGUGUGAUUGUGCUGAGGGGUGGGAUGGGGCCUGCAGGUGUGCAGGUACAGGUGGCUGAGGCGGCAGGGAUGGCGACAGGUGUGACAGGUGUGGCAGGGGUCACAGGUGUGACGGGUGGGGCAGGCAUGGCAGGUGUACAACUCCUCCAGGCCACCGAGGUGACAGGUGUGGCAGGGGUCACAGGUGUUCCAAGUGUGCAACUCCAGGUGUUGCCGGAGGUCACCAAUGUCCAGGUGCGGGGGGGGGAGGGGACAGGUGUGACAGGUGUGGCAGGUGUGACCCGGGUAACAGGUGUCAAAAGUGUGCCAGGUGUGCCAGGUGUGCAGCUCCAGGCCACUGAGGUGACAGGUGUGGCAGGGGUGCCAGGUGUCACGGGUGUGCCAGGUGUGCAGCUCCAGGUGUUGCCGGAGGUCACCAAUGUCCAGGUGCAGGGCAGGGAGGUAACAGGUGUGACAGAGGGGGCAGGGGUGACAAGUGUCCUAGGUGUCCCAGCUAUUACUGGUGUGACGGGUGUCACAGGUGUGACAGGUGUUGCAGGUGUCACAGGGGUGCAGCUCCAGGCCACCGAGGUGACAGGGGUGACAGGGGUGCCAGGUGUCACAGGGCUGCAGCUCCAGGUGCUGCCAGCGCCCUCCGAGGUUAGCAAAGUCCAGCUCCAGGUGUUGCCAUCACCACCUGAGGUCACCAAUGUCCAGCUCCAAGCGCUGCCACCACCCUCAGGUGUCACCAGAGUGCAGCUCCAGGUGCUGCCACCACCACCUGAGGUCACCAAAGUCCGGCUCCAGGUGCUGCCACCACCCCUGGAUGUCACCUGUGUCCAGCUCCCAGCAGGUGAGGUGGCCAAUGUCCAGCUCCAGGUGUUGCCACCGCCCCCUGAGGUGACCAAUGUCCAGCUCCAGGCGCAGCCACCACCCUCAGGUGUCACCUGUGUUCAGCUCCAAGCAGGUGAGGUGGCCAAUGUCCAGCUCCAGGUGCUGCCACCACCACCUGAGAUGACCAAUGUCCAUCUCCAGGCCGCUGAGGUGACCAAAGUCCAGCUCCAAGCGAUACCACCGCCCUCCCAGGUGACCAAUGUCCAGCUCCAGGUGCUGCCACCGCCACCUGAGGUGACCAGUGUCCAUCUGGAGACCAUGGAGGAGGUGCCCACUGCCCACUUGGAAACCUUGGACGUGCCCCCUGUGCACCUGGAGACCUCAGAGGUGCCCAGUGCCCACCUGGAGACUUUGGAGGUGCCCCCUGUGGCCCUGGAACUCGGCACGGAGGUGCCCAGUGCCCACCUGGAGAUGAUGGAGGUGCCCCACGCCCACCUGGAAACCUUGGAGGUGCCCAGUGCUCACCUGGAGACAUCAGAGAUGCCCAAUGGCCACCUGGAGACCCCCAAGGAAGUGCCCAGUGCCCACCUGGAAACCUUGGAGGUGCCCUCUGUGCACCUGGAGACACCAGAGGUGCCCAGUGCCCACCUGGAACCCCCCGAGGAGGUGACAAAUGUCCACCUGGAGACCUUGGAGGUGCCCAGUGCCCACCUGGGACCCCCUGAGGAGGUGCCCAGUGCCCACCUGGAGACCUCAGAGGUGCCCAAUGCCCACCUGGAGGUGAUGGAGGUGCCCAGUGCCCACCUGGAGCCCACGGAGGAGGUGACAAAUGUCCACCUGGAGACUUUGGAGGUGCCCAGUGCCCACCUGGAACCCCCUGAGGAGGUGCCCAGUGCCCACCUGGAAACCUUGGAGGUGCUGGGGGGAGCAUCUGCCUACCUGUGCCUGCAGGGCCCAUGGAAGCAGCGGCCGAGGAGGAAGAGGAGGAGGAGGAGGAGGAGGGGGAGGCCCAGGAGAGGCUCCUGCAGCACCUGAUGGUUCAAACAGGGCGGGACCUCCCCCAGUGCCAACUGGAGCGGGACUGGGACGUACUGGGAGAACUGGGCAGUGGCUCCUAUGGGCACGUGGUGCUGGCACAGCCCCGGG